AAAGCCGAAGAGGCAUUUGUCGCAGAACGAGACUCAUUGAAGGAGGGCGAAGAAUGGGAUCGUAUUGCCAAAUUGUGCGAAUUUAAUUCGAAAAAUUCGAGAAGUACUAGUGAUUUAUCGCGGUUAAAAUCAAUCCUCCUGCAAUUAAAAACACCGAAAGAAUGA